GUGCACGCUGAAUGUGCACGAUACCAAGAUAUUAAUAAAGAAACACGCCCCGUAAGCCCUUCUGUGAGAAGCGCUCCAACGAGGCACCUCCAAAUUCUACUGCCGUGCACCCUUUUUUUCCUUCUAAAUUUCUCAAUAGAGCGGUGCGACUAUGUUCAACACCGCCUUUUUAGCUGCUUCAAAGAAGCACUUGCGCCUGAAGUGCAGCGGCUGUUCACGGCUCCUGCCCUCCGAGCACUUCCCGCACAAGAGCGGGCCGCUCAACACCCUUGUUUGUGUCGACUGCAAGGAGAUGUGCUUUGGCUGCGGAUUGCGGCAGCCGCGCAGCAACUUCUCUGACCCCGAUUCGAGCACGUGUGAUCGAUGCAUGGCGAAGCAGCAGGUAGCGAGGGAAAAUGUGUACUUCCGCUUUCCGGUGCUGAAAUACCGGUCCUGCCCUUUCAGCGUCGAUGAGACCCGCGAGGAGCUCCGCAGGGAGGAGCAGGCCAAGUCUCCGUCGUCGCACGGCGCCACGAAGAACUGGAACUACGCCCUUGGCCAGCCGCGUUACUAA